AUGAGGUCCAAGUUUAAGGAUGAGCAUCCGUUUGGUGCGUCACGAGCAAUUUGCUUUGGACACAGGCCAUUGAUUGGGGUGAAUGCGCGUUGAAGACUUACGUGCUGAUGCUCUUUCCCCAUCUUUUCGCACCUUGGCCGUCCCUAUCCAUUGCCACGCUCUGCUGCGUCUCGCCAAUCUCGAUCAUCUCUGCUACCUGAUGCUCUCGACCGAUCUCUCUCCCUCUUUUAUGUGCUUGAACAGAGAAACGCAAAGCUGAGGCAGAGCGAAUCAGGCAGAAGUACCCUGACAGAAUCCCUGUGAGUGGCCAGGCGGGCGGAAACGGGCGAUUCGUCAUGGCUUGGCGGUCGUGAGAGGGGCAUACAGGUCAUAAACGCAGAUGGUGCCUGUCUGGGAUGAUCUUGUUGAUCGGAAGGAUGGGGAUGCGCGCUCCAUCGCCAGGCCAGGCCGCAUGUGGAGUGCUGUUAAGCGGUCCCGCUGCGUCCGAAUGAGCGGCCGCUUGGUCCGUCGCUGCAAGCCAAAUGUGUGGGGAGUCGCAAGGUGGGAGGAGUCUUUACAUGGCUCCAAGCGUGACUAGAUCAGGUGAUUGUUGCACCGUCCGCGAACGGCACGUGUGCGGUUGCACUCGUUGCGCUGAAGGGAAAAGGCAACAAAUUGUGGACAACGCGGUUCAAGGGGGGUUCCGACAUUUGCUGCUGCUUCAACAUUCUCCAAGCUCAGUUGCUUCCUGCAUCCGUGCUCAAUCGUACUGAGUUAUUUUUUGCGACGCGCAGGUUAUUUGCGAAAAGGCAGACAGGACAGACAUUCCAACCAUCGACAAGAAGAAGUAUCUCGUGCCUUCCGAUCUGACUGUCGGCCAGUUCGUCUACGUCAUUCGCAAGCGGAUCAAGCUGGCUCCAGAGAAGGCCAUCUUCAUCUUCGUGGACGAGGUUCUGCCCGCAACCGCAGCCCUCAUGAGCGCGAUCUACGAGGAGCACAAGGACGAGGAUGGGUUUCUUUGUGAGGAUUCCCUUUUUUCUCGUAAUCUUACAGUUGUCCUCGUUGCUCAUCCUUUGAUACUGAUCGACGGUCACGCAGACAUCCAGUACAGUGGGGAGAACACAUUCGGUCUCAUCUAG